AUGGGCAAUAUAAUUGUGGAAGAGGGAAAGAGAAGCACAAAAGAUUUUAUUCUGUCUCAUGGUUUGCAAUGUGAUGAUGAGAUUUUGAACAUGGAACUGACAGUAAAGGUCCGGCCUCAGACUGCUUCCUUAAAUUAAAAAACCCCAAUAUCUUCAGUGGCUAAGACCAAUAUUUAUUCAGGUACAGGUGUUUUAGAUUUGAAUGGGAACAGCCUGAGCAAGCUGCAGGACAUUUCUAGACUUACACUUCAAAAACUUAUUACCAGCUUUAAUGAAUUUACUUCCUUAAAUAAUAUUUAUGACCUACCCAGCUGGGAACAUUUUGAUGCAAGCCAUAACCAUGUGAUCACUUUUGAGGCCAUUAGAGGCUUAAGCGAACUGCAGUUCUUCAACCUGAGCUGGAACCCACUGAAAAAGUCCAGGGAAGAUAUAAACAUCUUACAGAAACAUUCUUAACUUAGUCUUGGCAUCGCACACAUCCCAUGGCACAAGCCUGCCUCACUGCAGCUGAGUGUCACUGCCCAGUUAAAGGCUCUCACUAACAUAGUUGGAGUCCUGAUUUCUAAUGAAGAAGCUGCAAAAGCAUUACAGUAUAUUGCAGGAUCAAAGAUGACCCAGGUGUUUCUGUUAGAAUAUUCUAGGACUGAUGAAGAAAAAAUUUCCAUUCUCAGUGUAUUUCCUUGUGCUAAAAUUCUGUCUCAAAUUUGCAAGAGCAAGGAAGAUCUGUAGAUACAUUUCCAUGUUUCAAACAACUGUUUUAUUCUCAUCACGGUCUUAAAUCUGGAUGACCAACUCUUCAGAAUUUCCAAGCUGGAAAAAUUGGAGCAUUUAAGACGGGCACCAUUUAGCAACAACAAUCUCACACAAAUAGAGGGAAUAGAGUCUUGUCUUAACCUUGAAGAACUCACUUUAGAUGAAAGCUACAUUUCAACACUAGAUGGAAUUUCAAAGCUCACCAAACUUAGAAGACAUAGUGUAAAUAAUAACUAUUUUAUCAGCCUCAAAAGACUUGUGUUCGAAAAUCUGUUUUAUCGUCAUUACCUAUACAUUGAGAACAACAGAAUCAUAUCUUUAGUUAGUUUAAAGAAAACUUUCUCCCUAACAGGGCUAUACAUAAAUAAUAACUUUUUUAAUACCAACCAUGAAAUACAUCAUUUAAAGGGUUUAACUAAUCUGAUAAUUUUGGACAUGCAUACAAAUUGAAGAGUCUGGAAAGAAGUCUGCUAUCAACUAUGUGUGUUAUUCCAUCUUCCCUCUCUCAAAGCCUUAGACAGCAUUGCAGUAGAACCGACAGAAGAAGAAAGUGCAAAAGAUUUCUUUGGAGGCAGACUCACCUCAGACAUGAUUGCAGAUACACUGUGACAUUCAGACUUUACAGAAAUGCAACAAUAAAAUUGGACAGCUUCUAAUAUCAGAGCUGUAGAGCUGGUGCUAGUAAACCAGUUUGAAAACGUCUGCGGCGUGAAUUAACAGAGCAAUAAUCUCAUGUCUUUCAGUGGUUUAAUCUUCCUUCCUAAUGCCAAGGUAUUGUGUCUGAACUACAAUCACAUUGAAUCAAUACUGCCUGAACAAAAGCUCCCAAAUCAAGUAACAAAUAGGCAGCAGCUGUACUUAAAGGUGGCCUGUCAUGGCUAUGGACAGGAAGGGCUUGCCAAAGAAAGCAAGAGUGCAGGAUUUGGAGAAAAGCCACCCAUGAUAAUGCAGAGUUUGGAAGAUUUUCAUCUGGGCUAUAAUGGAAUUACUAACAUGGCCCAGCUAUAGCUUAGCAGGCUGGAAAACUUUAAACUUCUGUUUUUGCAAAGAAACUACAUCAGCCAAAUUGAAGGACUUGAAGGUCUCCAAUAUCUGCAGGAGUUGCUAUUGGACCAUAACCGCAUUAAAUGAUUUCACAAGGUUUUUGCUAGCCAGAAUGGUCUUUUGACUCUUCAUCUGAAGCAAAACCAAAUACAAAUGGAACAGUUACAACCUGAGGUAAAAUUACUCUUUCUGGACUUCAACAGAAUUCAAGAAUCAUCUGAACUAGAAACACUUCAAGUUAUUCCCAGCCUUAACAUGCUCUCAAAACAUGGAAAUUCAGCGAGUAUAUUUGUUUGCAUUGAUAAAUAAACUAGAUGUGUAUUUCACUUUUUACAGUGAAUAUUUACUCUUCAUAAUCAUUAAAACUACUAAGAAUUUCUCCAUAACCAGGUUAUUCCUAAGUAUAUGCUAUUAUUGUUUUAUGGUUGGAAGCUUCAUUAGUAUACAUGAUCAUCACAUUGUCGCACUGUGCCUGUCUCAGUGCCAUACUGUGAUCAGAAGGCACUCAUUCUUCAGCAUACUCUUCUUUACAGU